AGAUGACGUCACAGUGGCACGAAUUUUUUGUUGACGUUUCAUUUCCAUAGGUUUCCUACUUCAGUGUCAAAAACUGACAACACAGUAAACGUCAGUUGACUUCGUCUAAUAAAAAAUCCGACUAUAAAUCGGAAAUUUUGUGUUACGAAAUUUAAAAUGUGUACCGUCACUUUAGAAAAUGGACUAGAUCUACGGGAAUGUACAACUACAGGCUCUAUUUUGCACAUCAAUGAGAUAUAUGAAGAAAAUGAUGAUAAUGAUACUACAGAGAGCAAAGUAUUUAAGACAAUUGACAUUCUGGGAGAACCUGUAAAAAAUUUUGAAGUCUUAAAAAAUGAAUUGAUUCCUGUUGAUGAAAAUCACUAUGUAAUUAAGAAAAUACUAGAAACUGGUGGAGGUAUGCCCUUGCAUGAUGGAUGCACAGUCUCAAUAGCAUUCUCUGGAUACUGGGAAAAUGAGUUACAACCAUUUGACGUAAUGAGUUUAAAUAAUCCAAUGACUGUAGAUCUCAAAGACAGUGGUUUACUACCAGGACUAGAUAUAGCUGUUAGAUCAAUGCUUGUUGGUGAGAUAUCACUGUUUUUAUUUUCAUACAAAGUAAUGUAUGGAGAAAUGGGUAUUCCACCAAGAAUAAAGCCAAAAUCUGAUUGUGUAUUCUAUAUUAAAUUAGUCAAAAGUAUGCUGACUCCAAAGGAAGGUGCACUGAACCUUAAUGAACCCAAUACAUUCCAAAGAGUGCACCAUGAAGUUAAGCUGCUUUAUAGUUCAGGGUAUUCAUUGUACAAAAUUAAAAAUUUUUCACUAGCAAUACAUCUUUUCAACAAAGCAGUAAGAAUAUUGCAUAAGUGUAGACUUGCAGAUGAAGAAGACGAAAAAAUACAAGAAAAGCUUCUUAUCAAAUUAUAUAUUAACUUAGCUAUUUGUUACAAUAAAAUAAACAAGCCUCUAAAAACAUGUAUUGCUUGUAAUGAACUGAAUAGAUUAAAUUCUUUGUGGAACAAUGCCAAAGCACUUUUACAAAAUGCUAGAGCCUUAAGAAUGAUAGGUCAGUUUGAUGAAGCAGAGAAGAAACUACGAAAAGCUGAAAUAUUGAGUCCCAAUAGCGAGGAAAUGAAAACUGAAGCCAAAUUACUGCAAAAAUUAAAAGUAUCAUGUAACAAAAGCAAAUUACUAGCAGAAAAAACUAUAGGAUUAGCACAACACAGUGCUGUGAGUGAUAAUUUCAAAGUAGAAGUUGAAAAUUUGAUAAGCAACUUCAAAGAAAACAUAAAUCUAUGUAAAUUAACCUUGCCAUACAAUUUAGAUACAGCAGAAGUUGAGUUUAUUAAAAGUACAUGUAUUAGAGAGAACUUAUUUUUUAAUAAAAUUGAAAAAGAUUUUGUUUCAAGCAAACAGGAAGAGUUAAGUACUUGUGAAAAAAAUACAGAUAACAAACAUUAUCUUUUGGGAAAAGAAAAUGACAUGGAAACUGAGAUUGAUAUUGCAAACUCAAAUGAUGAAAUAUUCAAGUUGUUGAUUUAAUUCUUUUAAGUUUUAAUAGGGUUGGUAGUUUUGCGUUAUCUACCGUAAUCACCACACCUAGCGCCGACAGAUUUUUAUUUUUUUUUCAAAGUUUAAAGAACUUAUUGACAGGGACAUUUAAUACCCGAGAGGCAGUACAAAACUUCAGUUUGUUAGGCUCCUGUAUACCUGACUUCCUCAAGAAGGCAUUAAAAUAUUACCAUCGUGCUCGCAGAGAUGCAUUGAUGCCAUGGAUACAUAUUUUGAUCUAUAGAAAUAAAAAAUAUUUACAAAAA